AUGGGAGAACUUCUAUCCCAGUUUUUUCCACCGAGUCCAGCAUUCAUAGAGAAGGAUAUCCCUUCUUUAGCAGGCAAAGUCUUCAUUGUUACCGGUGGGAACUCAGGUAUCGGUUUCGAACUUGUCAAGAUCCUCUACGCCAAAGGUGGAACAGUCUAUAUCGCCAGCCGUUCUCCUGACAAAGUUGCCAGUGCCAUCAACGUCAUCAAAACACUUCACCUAAAGACAGUAGGAAAACUAAAUAGUUUACAUCUCGACCUCAGCGAUCUCGAUACCAUUUCGACUUGCGUAUCAUCCUUCCUCGCCCAGGAAUCUCGUCUCGACGUCCUCUUCAAUAAUGCUGGCAUCAGCCAGGAACAAUACGGCACCGUUAGCAAACAAGGUCACGAAAUGCACAUUGCAACCAAUUGUCUUGGUCACUUCCUCCUUACCAAUAUGCUGCUUCCGGUCCUUCUAAGCACAGUCAAGUCAUCGCCUGAUGCCAGCGUGCGUGUCGUAUACACAUCCUCUGGUAUCAUGGAUAUAGCCGCUCCUCCAGGCGGGUUGUCUCUUACUGAGCUUGUCCCUGGCAGCUUUUCCAAGUCCCUCGACCGCAAUUACGCAGCGUCAAAAGCUGGAUGCUGGAUGCUUGCAGUCGAACUUGACAAACGGGCACGUAAAGAAGGGCUUCUUUGCGUCUGUCAGAGCCCAGGGACCUUGAACACAAAGGGAUGGGAUCGAGCCCCUUGGAUGGUUAAGCUCAUAAUGAAGCCUUUCAUGCACGAACCUAAGAUGGGUGCGUAUACUGGACUUUGGGCUGGGUUGAGCCCAGAAGUCAGGCUUGAAGAUGGUGGUAGGAUUGGGUUACCAUGGGGUAGAUGGGACACGGAUCCGAAGAAAGAGAUCUUGGAAAGUAUGAAGGCGAAAGAGGAGGGAGGGUCGGGUCUUUCAGCACAGUUUUGGGCUUGGUGCGAGGAGAACACGAAAGGCUUCGCUUGA